GCGGCGGAUAUUGGGACAGACCCAGAGUGAAUCAGGACUGAGGGAGGCGCGCUAUACGCGUGAACGCGCCCUCAUCCGCCGCGUGCCCGAGAAGAAUACGGAGCGUGCGCGCUCCCGCUGCUCAGCGACAAGAUGGCGGCGGCCGCCGGAUCAGGCGUCAAAGUUCCUCGUAACUUCCGGCUGCUGGAAGAGCUGGAAGAAGGCCAGAAGGGCGUUGGUGAUGGAACAGUGAGUUGGGGUCUGGAGGACGAUGAGGACAUGACACUCACACGCUGGAGAGGCAUGAUCAUUGGACCUCCCAGGACAAUCUACGAGAACAGGAUGUACAGCUUGAGAGUGGAAUGUGGACCUAAAUACCCAGAGACGCCUCCUUUCGUACGAUUUGUGACCAAGAUAAACUUAAAUGGUGUGCAUAACUCAAAUGGUGUGGUUGACAUGCGCGCUGUGUCCUCCUUGGCCAAGUGGCAGAAUUCCUACAGCAUCCGGGUGGUUCUGCAGGAGCUCCGGCGGCUCAUGAUGUGCAAGGAAAACAUGAAGCUCCCCCAGCCCCCUGAGGGACAGAUCUACAGCAACUGAGCUCUGAGCCGACCCAUCACCCCCUUGCUUAUCCCUCUGUUCUCUUCCAUUCAAACACACACACAUAGAAAAACACAGUUUCAUGCACACAAGUACCUGAUACAUAUAAGUACACUUACAGCAGCAUAUUCCUCUUCUUUUCCAAGACUCUUGAGAAAAAAAAUGUCCUUCUCAGUCACGUCUUAUAUGCCAGGCCCCCCCUUUUCCGCAACAGCCAAUGAGCACUCCCCGCCACGGGAGCUCCCAUUGCACAGAAAAUGUGGGUGCAGGGGUGUGCCCGCCACGCUCCUCCAGCAGCCAUGCAGACCAGACGAUACAAUACAGAAUACUGUACAUCUUAAUAUUCUUCUUUUUUAAAGUCUUUAUUUGUUAUACAUGCAGAUUGUACAAAUAACAUAAAUGAUCUUAUUGAG